AUGAUUACAGAUUAUGGUAAAAACCGAAUUUUGGUAGCGCCUGCACCAAAUUGGUUUUGUAAAAGUGCAUUAUCUUUAAAUGAGGAGAAAGGUUUCUAUGUAUACUCAACUAAGAAUAGCCUAAUUCUUGGGACAAUUUUAGAGAAUCGGAUUUUGGGGUCUGUUUAUUGUGGAAUAAAAAGUAAGCCAAUAGGCGUUACAAUAUUCAUAAGUUCACAUUUAUCUGAGGAAGCAACUUUAAUUGCUAGUACCCACUUUGACUGUAAAAUAAGGUUUUGGGAGAUAGUUGAACAGAGCAAUGGAAUUAAAGAAGUUUCAGAGAGAGAUGACUUAUAUUCUGACGAGAAGCUGAAGCCAUGGCAGGGAAAAGAAAAAAGUAUUAAUAUGUUGGUUGAUUCCCUAAAAAUUAAUUUAAUUUCUGACUCAAUCAAAUGCAGUAGCUUAGCAAAUGUGGUUUAUUAUUAUAAUGGGCAAGUUUUUGUCGGAGACGUACAAGGAGUGAUCUUAAAAAUAUCGGUUAGUGAUUUUAGAAAUAAAGAUAAGCCUGAGACUUUUACAAACAAAUUUCAUCCUAUAAAAGAAGAAAUUACUUUAAUCGACAAGACUGCAGAUAAUGAAAAACUUGCUGUGGGAUAUAAAAAUGGUCAAGUAAUUAUAAUUAGUAUUCUGAAUGGUGAUGUCCUUUUAAUUUUGGAGGAUGAAUCUAUGUUGAAAGAGAAAUGUAUUUUAAGCAUCAUAGAUUUAAGUUCUCAGAUGAUUGUUAGUACUUCAAAAGGAAACAAUAAUUUGUUCAGUUAUUGCAAAAAAUCCGAGAAAUUAGAAAAAAUAGAACUUGUGAAAACUUUAAAGCAAUCUAUUUCAAGUCAAAAGAUAGAAAAAGUUAAAAGAAAAAAUCAAUAUAAAACUCAGAAAACACAAGGAUGUUUUUGGACUUUAUUACUCAGUUAUCAAAAAGGAGCUAAGAUUAAUGGAGAUAAGUUCUAUAUCAUCAUGGAUCACGAAAUUGCCGAGUUUGAACUAUUGAAAAACAAAGAGAUAGAUAUUAAAAGAAAGUUUAGUAUUAAAAAUAAUGAAAAAGAAAGAAACAAAGAUUCAAUAAACUCUGAAAUAAUAUUUAGUGUACUGAGUUAUGAGUUUAACACCAAAUAUUACUUGUUAGGUAUUACCAAAAGCAAGAGGGUAUUUCUAUUCAACACAACUGAGUGGAAAUUAGAAUGGAUUAUGAAUACUUUGGGAGGUUGGAUUGAUGAAUUAAUCUCUCCAAAUGGUUUCUCUCAUAUUAUUUACAUUUUAAGUGGAGAGGGAAAGCUCAUGGGUAUGGACUUACUGGAAUCCCAUAAGGAUUUUACUCAAAGAAUAAAUAGUAGCUAUAUUUACGAAAAUCUAAGUGGGUUUAAUAAAGACGAACAAAUCUCAAAGAUAUCUAUAAAUCCAAUCAAUUCUGAAUAUAUCUUUUACUCGACAAAUUUUGGUAAUCUUGGCAUAUUGUAUAUUAAUCCUGAUAACAUCAGUCAUUAUAGUAAUAUUAAAAUUAGGAUUGAAAUCAGUAAUCAUGAAUGUUCAAAACAAAAAGAUAUCUGUAACAAAAGAAUUUGUGAUCAGAAAAAUUCUGAGUUUAAAGACUUUUUAUCAAACUCAGAUUUGGAUUGGCUUGUAUUAUUAAGGUCCCCAUCUUCUUGCUUAGAAGAUCUUAAAGUGCCAUUAUCUGAUUUCCAACAAAAUAUCCACUUCAAAAGCAAUAAUUCCAGCGAUGGAAAAUUCUUUAAUAGUCAAGUAAAGUUAUUUAAUUCUUUAAUUUACAAUUUAUACCGAUUCCCAAUUAUACUCAUUUUUAACUACAAAAAGAAUAAAUGUGUAUAUGCAGAUUUAAGUCCAGGAUUUGAAAAUGGUGAACUUAUUAUUAAUGCUAUACCAAGAAGUUUUGAAAUUCAAAGUAGAUCUGAAAUUGAAACCAAAGAAGAUCAUAUAAUUCGACUAAAAACUUCAAAUAAAGGAAUUGGAGCUGAAUAUUAUAAUACAGCCUAUUUUGUGACUGUCAAUGGGAAAGCUCAGAUUGAAUAUCUUGGGAAGAAUUUGCUUCAAAGUAUUCAAACAAAUAAAUUGAACAUCGAUAAGGUAGAUGAUCACCAGAAUGAGUUAAUCAGUGAAAAAAAAACUUCUAUUUAUAUUUACAAACUAGUUUUUUCCCUAGUUAAGGAUGACCAAAUAAACCUUGACUGCUUUGAAAAAAUGGAGAUUGAAAAUGCAUUAAAAACUAAUAUAAAUACAUUAGAGUUAGGAAUUGAAAACCGAAAAAUCAAUCUUGAGAGAGUUAUUAAUGGUUUAGUUGUUUUUAAUAAGUUUAAAGAUUUCGAGGAAAUUUAUGUAUUAAUAACUAACUAUGGUAAUCUGAUUAUAUUAUCUUCUGAUAAACUGGUGUUAAGGCUUGAGAAUAUAUUUAAGGAUAAAAACAAAAUGGAUUAUGACUACGUUUCUAUAAGUAUGAUAGAGGUGGGAAAUAUAGAUCAAUUAAAUGGCCAAGAUAAUUCAACUUUAAUAUUUAAUUUAGCAAUAUCAAAUGAAUUCAACCAAACUAGUAUAGUAGAAGUGAAAAUAAUUAAUAGCCAUAUAUUUAAUAAAGAGAAUUUCUCAGCUGAAAUUUUGCUAAUUAGACCCAACACAGAUCAUAAGGGAAGUAUUACUAAUAAGUACCACUUUAAAUCAAAAUCAAUAUGGUACCGUGAUGUUAGGGAUUUUUACAAUACUUUUGAAAGUAAUUUGAGAUUAUUGAUUGGAGGCCAAGAACAAAUGUUACAGUUGUUUGAUGUUUCAAAAGAAUUAAUGAUUAAAUCUAAACAUAAAGUAAUUAAUAAGAAUUCUUUAUUAUUUCUAACAAAUAAAAACAUUUACCAGCAAAAUAAUCAGACUAGUAUUAAAGCACUUACUCUUCUUUUAGAGGUAAGGUUAAUAUAUAAGCUAAAUAAUAUGAAGAAAUUUAAUUCAAAUGAAAGCUUUUGUAUUUUAAAAGAUAUACAAUCCAAUAUAAAUAAGGUUUUAAGUGAAUCAGGAGAUAAUGAAGUAAUUUUUGAUCUUAUAUUAUUCUUAAAUCAUAAAAAUUCAGCAUCAGAUCUAAUUGAAUUACAUCUAAGUACCUAUUUUAAUAAUCAGGUAACUAAUAUUGAUAAUGGAUGUGAGAUUACAAAAUUCUUUAGUGUUAAUUCAAAUUACAAGAAUAUUAAAGAAUCAAGCCAAAAUUUAAGUUUAUUGAUUGAGUAUUUAUAUCUAAUUAAUGGCCAAAUAGAUAUUGAUUCAUGCUUAUUUAAGAAUUUCUUAAAAAAAUACUCAAAUAAUGCCACUCCUUAUAUUGAAUAUAGCCAAAAUAUUGAUAUUAAUCCAAGUGAAAAUAAUGAUGAAAAAUUUAAAAGGUUUGUUAAAAUAUUUCAAAAUGUUGAGAAUGAUUGUUUACUUAUUGAAUGGCUAAGAUAUCUUUCCCAAUUCAAUAUUAAAGAUUCAAAAUGUUUAGAAUUUUUGGAUAUUGAAACUGACUGUAUUAUCAGAUCUCUAAUCUUAUUAAAAUUGGACAAUUUACAGUUAAAGCUAAAAUCUAUCAAUUCUUCAAAUACUCCAAUUAGUCAUAAGAAUUUAUCAGUAUUUAUUGGGGAAAAUCCGAAUAUCCUUCAUGAAUAUUGUAUUUUAAAUAUUUUAAUGGGGAGAUGUCAUAAGGCUAUAGAAAUGUAUUGUUAUUACAACCUAUUUCAAUGUGCUUGGUUAAUUUCAAACCUUUAUCUUGGGAAUGAUCAUGAAUUAACUCUUAAUGUUUUAAGAGAUUGGAAUAAAAAUUUAAAAUCUAAUAAUUUAAUGAUGCAAUCAUUUAAAUGCCUUAUUGCUAGCUCUGACUUUGAAGAACUUUAUCAAGUUUUAUUAGAAAGAAUAUACUACAUUUCAGAUUCUCACUAUAAAAUAAGGUUAAAUACUGGUGGUAAUAAUGAUGAAGAUAGUUUUUCUCAGGUAGAUAAGUUAUUUCAGAAUUUCAAGCUAACAGGAUACUAUUUAUUAAUUUCAAGUUCAGAAAAUAAUAGCAAAGAUAACAAUAAAUUCCAAUUACUUAAAGAAUUUUCAGCUGAUUUAGUUGAUUAUAUAUUUUUGAUUUUUAAUAGGUAUCGAAUUAAUAUUGUUUUAAAGAAUAAGUUAUAUAGUAAAUUUUGCUUUAGAGAAAUAAUUUCAAUUAAAAAUAACCAAAUAAUAUCAGAUUUACAUAAGUUGAUAAUAAAUGAAGAAAAAAAUUGUUUAAUGGAUGAGAUUUUUGAUGAAUUGGAGAUGAAGAUUAUGAGGAAUAUACAUUUAUAUGAAAUUGUUAUACAAUUUUCACUUAUGGUAUUUUCUUGUGGAAAUAAGAUUUUAAUUUCUGAACUGGAAAAAUUCUUAAAGAAAAACAAUAUUAGAAAGAAAGAAGAUUUAUUUCUACUUUUAAAAAAGCUUAACUAUUUACCUUUUGAAGAUGAGAUGAAAUUAAAUAUGGAACUUAAAGUUAUGAAAGAUUUGUUGAUUUUAGUUUUAAGUUUUAUUUUGGAAUCAAAUCUUAACAUUUGGAUUUCAAAAGUUGAUGAGACACUUAAAAUUUUAUAUAAUGACUUAUUUUUUAAUGAUUUAAAGUAUCAAAAAAAAAGUAUUUUUGAUAUAACUUUUGAAGCCCUGUUUGAUAUUUUUUUACUUAAAAAAGACUUGGAGAAUAUAGAAAGUUUAUGUUUUAGUAAAGAAUUAAAUAAUACUUUAUUAGAAUGGAUGAAUUCAGAAUUUUUAUUAGAAUUUAGAGAUUCUAUUCAAAACAAUUUUUCAAAUCAAAAAGAAUUACAUAGUAAGAGACUUAUGGCAACUAAGUAUGAUCUAUAUAUAUUAAGUGUAAUUAAAAGGAUAAAUAAAACAUUAGUAUUGGAUCCAGUAGUAAAUCAAAAUAAUUUAUCAUUAAGUAAUAAUAACGAUUCAAUAUUGACUAAGUCUUUGAAUGAAUCAGAUUUAGAAAACUUAACGAGAUUUCUUAAUAAAGAAGAAACUGGUGAAUUUUUAAAAAAAAACUCAAUUUCAUACCAUUUUAUAUUUAAGACCAAUAACAGCAAUUCCAUUGUUGUUUGGCUUUAUAAUAAAAUAACAAAUUUGGCAAGUCAGAGUAUAAACCAAGAUCUAGGAUCAAAAGCCAAGAAAUUAGCCUUUUUAAUUAAAAAACAAUAUUUAAAUAAGAAAAAUAGCUAA